AUGAAAGAAAGGGAGAGGGGAAAGAAGGAGAGAAAGAGAGCGUUCCAUCCCGUUCCAAUCGGUUCCAUCCCGCUCUCUAUUGUGGUCGGUGGUCACAAUGUUCUCUUGCAAUUCCACUAGUAUUUUUCUUAGUUUAUGUGAAUUUAUCGAAAGUAAUCUGAAAAGAUUUUAUCAGAUUUUUUGUGAUCUUGUUCUAUUUUUUGCAUUAACUCCCCAGAUUUUUCCUUUAUUGAAAACUAAAGUCAUACCGAUGUUAAUUUUUAUUCUGUAGUUUUACAUUGGUUGGGUUGUUUCAGAAUCCCUGUUGACGCUCCAAACAUCGCGCGAUCUGUUUUUGGAAUUGUUUUUUGAGGCACUGAACGAGGUUUUGGAGGGAACGCGGCGAUUCGGUUUUUAUGCAUUUUUUGAGGGUAAAGAACGCGCUCUUUUCUGAGUCGGAAAGAGUUUUUUCUUCAUUCUCAUUUCUCAUCCACUUUUCGGCUGUCCGGUCUCCCUGAGUUGGCCUUCGAACCCAGUUCAUUUACGACUAGGACUAAAAUAAUUUUUAGUUCACACAUUUAAUCGGGACGUCGAUGUUUUUAAAGUAUAUUUUACAUUUUUAAAAAUUACUCUUUCAGGUUUUUGGAAUAAAAAUGCGCGAGAUCGUUCACGUGCAAGCUGGUCAGUGCGGAAAUCAGAUCGGUAACAAGGUAAGGUAAUUCUAUAAUGCUUUUGUAUUGAUUCAGUUCUGGGAAGUGAUUUCCGAUGAACACGGAAUCCAGCCUGAUGGAACCUAUGCUGGUGAAUCCGAUCUCCAACUUGAGAGGCUCAACGUUUACUACAAUGAGAUUGGAAACAAGAGGUUCGUUCCUCGUGCCGUCCUUGUCGAUUUGGAGCCAGGGACCAUGGAUUCGAUCCGGUCUUCCCAAUAUGGAGGUCUCUUCCGCCCCGAUAACUUUGUGUUUGGUCAAUCUGGAGCCGGAAACAACUGGGCCAAGGGACAUUACACUGAGGGAGCCGAGCUCGUAGACAAUGUUCUUGAUGUCGUUAGAAAGGAGGCUGAGGGGUGUGAUUGUUUACAAGGUUCGUAUAUUUUCUGAAUAUGUUUUCUACAAAUCUUAAUAUUUCUUAUCUGGUUUGUGUUUUAGGUUUCCAAUUGACUCACUCUCUUGGUGGUGGAACUGGCUCUGGAAUGGGAACUCUCCUCAUCUCGAAGAUCCGUGAGGAGUACCCCGACAGAAUCAUGUCUUCCUUUUCCGUUGUCCCAUCUCCGAAAGUGUCGGAUACCGUUGUGGAGCCUUACAAUGCCACUCUUUCCGUUCAUCAGCUGGUUGAAAACACGGAUGAGACUUACUGCAUUGACAAUGAGGCUCUCUAUGACAUUUGCUUCCGCACUUUGAAGUUGACCAAUCCCAACUACGGAGAUUUGAACCAUCUGGUGUCGAUGACCAUGUCCGGGGUGACCACUUGCCUUCGUUUCCCCGGGCAAUUGAAUGCUGAUCUCCGAAAGUUGGCUGUGAACAUGGUGCCUUUCCCUCGGCUCCACUUCUUUAUGCCUGGAUUCGCUCCCCUUUCGGCCAAAGAAUCUGCCGCUUAUCGUGCUUCAACUGUCGCUGAAUUGACCCAACAAAUGUUUGAUGCCAAGAAUAUGAUGGCCGCUUGUGAUCCACGUCACGGACGUUACCUCACUGUCGCUGCUAUCUUCCGUGGACGCAUGUCGAUGCGUGAGGUAGAUGAUCAGAUGAGCAGUGUCCAGAACAAGAACUCUUCUUACUUUGUUGAAUGGAUCCCAAAUAAUGUGAAGACUGCCGUUUGUGAUAUCCCCCCUCGAGGACUGAAGAUGUCGGCUACUUUCAUUGGCAACACCACCGCCAUUCAGGAACUCUUCAAGAGAAUCUCCGAACAGUUCUCUUGUAAGUUAUAUUGACGACCUUUUUAUUUUGUAUAGGUAAUGUCAUUAUGAGGGGGAAACGUCUUUAUCAUUAUAUGUUUGUAUUUUCAGCUAUGUUCCGUCGCAAGGCUUUCCUGCAUUGGUAUACUGGAGAAGGUAUGGAUGAGAUGGAGUUCACUGAAGCCGAAUCUAACAUGAAUGAUCUCAUCUCUGAAUAUCAACAAUACCAAGACGCAACUGCCGAGGAUGAAGGAGAAUAUGAAGCUGAACUCCAAGAAGGAGAAGAGGAGUAG